AACUAAUCAAACGAUUCAUGCAUCUUUCCAUUUUUCUUUCGUACCCAAAACCAAAAACACUGAACCAAAGAAAAGAAACUUUAUUUUGCUUUCUAUGGCGGUGCACACCAACAACCACAACUUCUCUAUUAAUAAUAUCAUAUUUGCUCUCUUUCUCCUUAUUGUCAACCCAAAUUUCUUGCCUUUACAAGUUUGAGAAUUUUGAGUAGCCUACACAGAAGAUUUCCUACAAUGGAGUUAAAAACAGCGUAUGAUAUUGAACAUAUUGGAUCUGCACAAAGAAUUCAGCAUGAGUUUUGGCCACUAAGUCCAAUUGAUUCGAAAAAGGCGAAGUUUCCUUGUUGCUUGGUCUGGACUCCUCUCCCAGUAGUCUCUUGGUUGGCUCCUUUCAUUGGACAUGUUGGCAUUUGCAGAGAAGAUGGAGCUGUUUUAGACUUUUCAGGUUCCAAUUUUGUGAAUGUUGAUAAUUUUGCAUUUGGUUCUGCAGCCAGAUUUCUUCAACUCGACCGAGAACAGUGUUGCUUUCCCCCAAACCUCUCCAGGCACACCUGCAAGCACGGCUUCAGGCACACAGAAUUCGGGAGUUCGAUCACCUGGGACGACGCCCUACAGGCAAGUAUGCGGUACUUUGAGCACAAAAGUUACAACCUUUUCACUUGCAAUUGCCACUCUUUUUUAGCCAACUGUUUGAAUCGGCUCUGUUAUGGCGGAUCGAUGAAUUGGAACAUGAUAAACGUAGCAGCACUGAUACUCUUAAAAGGGAAGUGGGUUGAUGGCUUAUCAAUCAUAAGGUCAUUCUUACCUUUCAUGGUGGUACUAUUCUUUGGUGUUGUCAUGGUUGGCUGGCCAUUCUUGAUAGGACUUUUUUCUUUUUCUUUGCUUCUUCUGGGGUGGUUUCUAUUAGGAACUUUUUGUGUUAAAAGCUUGCUUGAAUGCUAGUGCCUCAGCUGGACAAUUUUUCAAGUUGAAGUGUUCAAUGGAGGUUUGUAUGCUUUGGACCAGAGUUGUAGAUUUUUCUGGUGACAAGCUUUGGUGAUAUCAAACGCAAGUGUAGAUUAAUAAUGAUUUAGAAUGAAAAAAAAAUAUCAUUCAUUUGUGCUAGGUGGGAUAAAAUAAGAACACUGGAAAGUAGUUUGUAAAAAUUGUACUUGAACUAAAAAUAUUUAGAUGAAAUGAGAAUAAAUACAUUUGAAAUA